CAGUUCGCGGAGGGAAAUGGCAGUUGUGUGUGGUUGUUUUUUCAACGUAGAGAGAGCAAAGUAAUAUUAAAACAAAACCAGAUUGAUGGGGUUUAAAGUGCCAUAUAUUAGGUACAAAAUCAGUACAAGGAGGUCUAUACACAUCUAUCUUUGGGAUACAUUAUCUUAAUUCAAACUGAAUUAUCUUCUUGAACGUACAUCAUGAUGAAGGGCUUCAUUGACUGUCACUGUCAUAUCUCUGCAGCAGAAUUUGACAGCGACCUCGAAGACGUCAUACAGAAAUCUAAAAAGAUUGGGCUGAAAGCCAUAGUGGCUGUGGCUGAGGACGCCGGGGAGUUUGACAAGAUCAUACAGAUCUGCGAAAGGUUCCCAGGCUUUGUGUUUCCUUGCCUUGGCGUCCAUCCUGUCCAGGGUUCACCCCCACAGCAGGAGAGAGGAGCCACGCUUCAGGAUCUGGAUGCUGCUUUACCCCUGAUAGAGAAAUACAAAGAUCACCUUGUUGCUAUUGGAGAGGUGGGUCUGGAUUUCACACCUCGUAUUGUCAACACUGACAAGGGAAAGGAAGAGCAGCGACAGGUGCUUAUUCAGCAGGCUGGCAUAGCAAAACGCCUGGACUUACCGUUGAAUGUCCACUCAAGGUCAGCUGGAAGACCCACUAUUCAGCUUCUGAAAGAGCAAGGGGUGCAAAAGGCCCUUCUUCAUGCUUUUGAUGGAAAACCUUCAGUGGCAAUGGAGGGUGUGAAGGCUGGUUAUUUCUUUUCCAUCCCACCUUCAAUAAUAAGAAGUGAACAGAAGCAGAAGCUGGUGCAGCAGCUGCCUCUAGAGAAUAUUUGUCUUGAGACGGACUCACCAGCCCUGGGUCCAGAGAAGCAGGUGAGAAAUGAGCCUCAGAACAUUACCAUCGCUGCAGAGUACAUCGCCAAGGUCAAAGGGGUUCCCCUGGAGACAGUGAUGGAGACAACUACGCAGAAUGCCCUUAAGCUAUUCCCUCGGCUGAAAUUGUUGCUUUGAACACCAGAGUAUAGAUUGUGGUUUAAUUAUUGUUAUGUUUUAAACAUUAUUUUCUGUAUGAAAAUAAAAUGUUGAAAUAUUGAUUCUUCUCAGACAGUUUUUUUUUUUUUUUUUUUAAAUCUGCGAAGAGUUUGUCAUAAGAAGCCACAAGAUUAAUUUACUAACGCAUGUGAAGAAACUGUUUCUGUUGUUAUUUGCAUAUGGAAAAGACUAGCAAUGUGGAGGAGAAAGCUAAAACAGUCGCUCGGCUGCUAAUUAUGAAAACAUAAUGUGUAUUCCUUGUAUGUGGUAGCAAAGACGUCUAAGUAAUAAAAAAAAAACAUAUUUAUAUUUGCAGUUUUACAUUUAGGGGACAGUUCUCCAAGGUGUUAUACAACUCAUGUAAAACAAUGGAUUAUUUCCGUUUUCAUCGUACCAACAUUAUUAUUUUGAUGUAUUUCAAAUGUAAACAUGCUUUUCACAAUGUGUAAGUUUGCACAGUUGCUGUUGAUGCAUAUCACUGAAUCAGCUUUGGUAUGGUGCUAUUAAAAUAUUUGUUUUACU